AUGGGCAGUGCAGAAAUCAAAUUCGAGCACUUCUUUCCGUGCGACCGAUCCCCUCUUUCCCACCCAUCGUCCUCCAAGGCACGCAGCCUUGAACCCACCGCAGCCACGGCCUACCAAGUCGCCAUGACGGGCACUCCGCCCCCGAGUCUUAUUCCUCCACCCGAGGGCAUCUUUAGAUCAUUUGAGGAUCUGAUGAACUCGGUGCAGCGUGUUGCGAAAGACCAAGGCUAUGGAAUUGUGAAGCUUCGUGCGUCCAACUACCGAGACGGCAAGCCCACGCGGUAUGACCUUGUGUGUGAUCGCGGCGGCGUCAAAUACAACAGCACCGCAAAGAAGCGAAACCCAUCCACACGAAAGAUUGACUGUCCUUUCCGGGCCAAGGCUGUUUGUGAAGUACAACUCGGCAAUCAAUGGCGUUUCGCCCUCCAGGAGCCUCGCCACAACCACGAGCCGCGCGCACCGAAUGGGCCCUCCACCCCUGAGAACGCACCACUUGCGACUUCUAUUCGAACCUUCAACAACAAGCUGGAUCGCAUGAACCACGACCUGAUGAAUUGCCUCAUGCGCAUCGAGCAGCGAUUAGAUCACAUCGAAAAGCGAAUGGAAAACAUGGAAGCACGCGCGGGCACCUACGAGCCACGCUUCCAAGCUCUCGAGCAGCGUGUUGGGGGUAUGGAGAGCUUGCGCAUGGAUAGCUUGCCCGUGGACGAUGUUGAGUCUCGGUUGUUGGCCUCGACGGUUAUCUAG